CAUUCAAAAAAAAAAAAAAAAAAAGGCAAGAAAGAAAAUUAUGGAAGUUUCAGUUAUCCAUAUUGUGCUCAUUAAAUUGCUAAUGGUGCAUAGUUUGACAUCUGAAUAUGCAUCAUCUUCGACAACCAACAGCAGUACUGAUAUGCUAGCUCUCCAGGCCUUGAAAUCCGAAAUAAUAGAGUUGCCUUGGAACCCCAACAACAACUCUUUCUGCAGUCGGGUUGGUGUUUCUUGCGGCCAACGGCACCAACGAGUCACUGCCUUGGAUCUUUCUUACAUGCAUCUCCAAGGCACUAUCUCCCCUCAUGUUGGAAAUCUGACCUUCCUUCGGGUUCUAAACCUUCGCAACAACAGUUUUCAUGGUCCGCUACCCAACAUGGUGGGCCGAUUGCGCCGAUUGCGCCGAUUGAGAGUUCUCAACUUGGGAUAUAAUCAACUUGGACGGAUCAUCCCGUCGAGCAUUUCGCAGUGCCGAAAUCUUCAGACAGUCAUUCGUGGCCCAAAUCUAUUCCACGGGAGUAUCCCACAAGGCUUUGGAAAUCCAACCAAUUUGUUGUUGCUGCAAGCACAAUACAAUUACUUAGUAGGCACCAUUCCUUCUUCUGUUUUCAAUAUCUCAACCCUCAGAGUUCUUGCUCUCUCAUACAAUCGUAUUUCUGGAAAUAUCCCCAUGGAUAUAUGCCGUAGGCUUCAGAAUCUUGAACUCCUCUAUCUUUCACAUAAUCCACUUGGUGGUCAUAUUCCAAAUAGCUUGUGCCUUUGUAAAAAUCUCAGAGAACUUGAGUUACUAGAAAAUGGAUUGACAGGAAGCAUACCCGAAGACCUUGGUUGCUUAUCCCAACUUGAGUAUCUCAAUCUCUUGGCAAACCAAUUGACAGGAAAGAUUCCAACAUCAUUGGGAAAUCUGUCCAACUUAGAAGAGCUAAAUCUUGAAAGUAAUGGCUUGUCUGGUGAGAUUCCCACAAAGUUGGGUAAUCUUUCUAACUUAGAACAACUCCAAAAAUAACAGCUUGUUGGGUGAGAUUCCACCAGAGCUAGGCCGGCUUUCUAAUCUGAUAGUUCUGGAUAUUGCCAACAAUUACAUUUCAGGCAGAUUACCUACAAUGAUUUUCAACUUUUCUUUGGUUGAAUUAAUUACAUUAGCAGGUAAUAAUCUAUCUGGAAAUGUUCCAGAGCUCAUUGGUUUUCAACUUUCCAAGCUCAGAAAACUCAGCUUGCAUGGCAAUCGAUUCACAGGUAGAAUUCCAGAUUCUAUCUCUAAUGCUUCGAUGCUUGCUGUGUUGGAAUUGUCCACCAAUUUAUUUAGUGGGCCAGUGCCGAGGACGCUAGGUGGUCUACGGUACCUGAAAGUACUCAAUCUACAGUAUAACAAGCUGACCAACAAUCCAUCAGAAAGAGAGCUCAACUUCCUCACUGCUUUGACAGAGUGCCGUCAGCUAAGAUAUUUGAUGAUAGGGUAUAGUCCUUUAAAUGGAGCAUUACCAGCAUCUAUUGGAAACUUGUCCACAUCUCUCGAAUUGUUCGGUGCAGGAUUAAGUCAACUUCAAGGAAGCCUUCCAUAUCAGAUUGGUAACUUGAGUAGCUUGUUGACGCUUGAAUUAUCAGGUAACGAUAUGUUUGGAACAUUUCCUUCUUCCAUGGGAAAUUUACAAAGCCUACAGCAAUUGUAUUUCCGUGAAAACAAAAUAGAGGGAAAUCUUCCAAAUGAGUUGUGUCGAUCAACAUCUUUAGGUGAAUUGGGCUUGGAUGGGAAUAAGCUCUCGGGUCCAAUACCUUCUUGCAUUGGAAACCUUACCAAAAUGUUGAUAAUGACUAUCGCUUCCAAUGCAUUUACCUCUAUACCAGACAACAUGUGGAACCUCACUAAUAUUUGGUUCAUGGAUUUCUCGGUGAACUCCUUGAGUGGAUACCUUCCUUCCAAGAUUGAAAAGUUGGUGAGCCUGCAAACAUUAGAUCUAUCUAAUAAUGGAUUAUCGGGGAGCAUUCCAGAACAUUGUAUAAUUUGAAGAUGUUGGAACAAUUAAACUUGUCUAACAAUGCAUUUCAAGGCAAUAUUCCUACGGAAAUCGGCAGCUUGGCUAGCUUAAAAUUAUUAGAUCUCAUCCAAUAAUUUUUCUGGCAGCAUACCUAAGUCUUUGGAGAAGCUUAUUUAUCUCAAACAAUUGAAUCUUUCUUUCAAUAGUUUAAGUGGUGCGGUUCCCGCCAAUGGAGCUUUUGGAAACUUCACCAUCCAAUCUCUCAUGGGAAACCAUGAUUUAUGUGGAAAUUCAAAACUGAAACUCCCACCUUGUCCAAAUGCCACUCAUCCAAAAUCAAAAAAGGUAACAUUUUGGCUCAAAUAUGUUCUUUCUCCAAUUGCUGCAUUGAUAGUUGGGGUUUUACUGCUAAUUUUAUAUGUAAAAUUCUGGAGAAAGAGCAAGAACUUGCCUGUCUCUUCCAUAGAUGAAUCGAUUAAGCUGGGUCACAAGUACAUUUCAUACUAUGAACUCCUUGGUGCAACUAAUGAUCUUAGUGAAGCAAACUUGCUGGGAAUUGGGAGCUUUGAUUCUGUCUAUAAAGGAACAAUGACAGACGGUGAGAUUGUAGCUGUCAAAGUUUUCGAUUUGCAAGUUGAAGGGGCAAUAACAUCUUUUGACAGAGAAUGCCAAGUGCUAAGGAAUGUCAGACACAGAAACCUUGUGAAGAUAAUAAGUUCCUGUUCGAAUCUUGAUUUCAGAGCUUUGGUUCUCCAAUACAUGCUUAAUGGUAGCCUUGAAAAAUGGUUGUAUAAUCGAGGUCCCAAUUGUUUAGAUAUUCUUCAGCGAAUGGACAUAGUUCUAGAUGUGGCAUUGGGAUUGGAGUAUCUUCAUCAUGGAUAUUCAGAGCCGAUAGUUCAUUGUGAUUUGAAGCCUAGCAAUAUUCUUUUGGAUGAAGAUAUGGUUGCACAUAUUGGUGACUUUGGCAUAGCAAAAAUUUUGGCUAAAUACAAAUCUAUGACGCAAACAGCUACUCUUGGGACAAUGGGUUAUAUUGCUUCUGAGUUUGGAUUGCAGGGAAGGGUAACUCCUAAGGGCGAUGUUUACAGUUUUGGUAUUAUAUUGCUGGAAAUAUUUACAAGAAAGAAUCCAAUAGAUGAAAUGUUUGCUGGAGGACUGAAUUUGAGGCAAUGGAUUAUAUGCUCUUAUCCGGAUCAUGUAACGGAGAUUGUGGAUGCUAGCCUUUUGAUGGGAUAUGAAGAAGCUACCAUGUCAGCCAUGGAUUUUCUAACUCAUUGUUUCUGAUCCAUCAUUGAGUUAGCAUUACAGUGUUCUAGCGAUUCACCAGAGGAGAGGCUAUAAAUAUGAUUGAUAUUGUAGCUAAACUUAAAAAGAUAAAACAUGAUAUGGUUCAACAUAAUAGAUUUAAUAGACAAUAAUCCUAUCCAUGAUUUUAGAUGUC